CCUUUUUCUCCUCUUGCGUCUCUGCCUCCCUUGUGCUCCGCUCGCACACCAACAACAGCACGCCAACACAACAGCGGUAGCACGCACCUGUGCAGCGCUGUCACUGCCUUUGAUUCGUCGUUGUUGGUGGUGGCCACCCACUGAACAACAGCGACACCAUGCGAGGCUACGCCCGGAUCUUGACGUCGGUUCGACGAGCCAGUAACUCGCUGCGUCGUGAUGUCACCCGUGAGGAGGCGGUCAAGCUCGCAAAGACCAUGGCCAACAAGUUUGUUGAGAAAAACGCCAAGUUCUUCAAGAAGCGGAGCGACUCGCAUCUGCACCCAUCAAUGACGAAGGUGCUUGGGCCCAUCUGGCACUUUAUGGAGGAACACAACUACAAAGAGGUCAUGUUCCAUCUUUCCAAGAACAAGGACGCGCGCGCGCACGACUGGAAGGCUGUGAUUGACCACAUCUGGGAGACGGCGGAGUAUGCCCAGGUUGACAUCCGCUUCUCUGCGCACGCCAUCAAGUCGCGCGCGCAAGUGCUGACGUCGGCACUGAAGAAGCCAAAGCGCAUCCCCGGCGAGGCCGCUAUCUACGCCCUGCAGAAGCUCGGGGCCGAGGAUGGCGUGCAUGCGUCUGUGCUGCUGCGUCACUUCCUCGCCAACCCGACCAUCACAUCAGACCAGGGCGCCCUCUCGUUAACGGAGCGCCAGCUGCUGGUUGAGGGUGCACUGCAGGGUCUCAAGGCCAGCGCACGCGCUGUUGUGGACCUUUGGGAAACACCGCUUCUGCACGACCACCUUCAAGGCAUGGGGCGUGGCCGCAUGCACCCGUCUGUCUACAGCCAUCUGGAGGCGAAAACGGGCGCGCGCAUGGACACGGCCAACGACAACGUGCUGUAUGACGCCGGGUACACGCUGCUCGACUUUGUUCGCCCAUCGCAGGUUGUCGGUGCACCACCCCCGGUGCCCGGCAAAGAGUUUGACACGUCGUUUGAGGCGCUGACGGGGAUGCGGUUCAACGUGGACGCGUUUGUCAACGGCGACCGCGCCACCGCCCUCGCUGCCAUUGUAGAUGGCGUCACGACACGCGCGGAUGGUGAUGGUGAUGGUGAUGGUGAUGACAGUACUGAUGAUGGCAAUGGUGCUGGUGCUGGUGCUGGUGCUGGUGACAUGUCUGCCGAGUUUGAACUCUUCUCCGAGUCCCGGGCACUGCACCAGCUGUUUCUGCGGAAGCUGCACGCCCUGGCGCCCCGCUGGCGUGGCACGCUCGACCCCUUUGCAUCCACCCCACUCCACGAGCAGCGGCAGGCGUUUGUCAACCACGUGUACCGGCUCUCCGUUGUCGAGGUUGCACUGCAGCGCAUGCGCGCACGCGGCGACCUCACCCCUGAUGCAACCAAGGCCAAGCAGCUUGCCGACAGGCUCUACACCGCAUUGCGCAAUGUCGACCCCUUUACGCCCAUGCGCGUCGUGUGGAAGCUUGCAGGCAUGGACGCGACCGGCGGCGACGACACCACAGGUGCUGCCCCUGCUGGUGAUGAUGUGAGUGGCGAUGGCGUUGACACGGUGGAUCAGCUUGCGCGGGAGGAGGCCAUGGCAUCGUUCCUGAUGCAGCAGGGCCACACGUCCGACGCCGCUCGCAGGGACGCCGACCACAAGUACAUGAUGGCCACGCGCGGGCUGCGCUUCACCACGGCCGUGCCUGCAAGCACGGGCAGCGGCACCGUUGGCGCCGCGAGCGUUGCGGGCGCCGUUGCCACGGAGCACUACGCUGACGGCGACGUUGAUGUUGACGCGCUACUGUUGCGCAAUGCACUGCUGUACGCCAAGGGGAAGGAUGACCCGGAGGAGACGCUGAUGCAAGUCGAGAUUGACCACAUGACCGCCACACUCAAGCGAACAAGCGAGGCUGUGCGGUUCCUGACCGCGGCCACGGCACUCAACCCGUCGCUCGCUAUGCGCGACGCAACAGCUGCCGUCCGCCGUCUCACUGUGUUGCAUGCGCUGUACGGGGCGCGGGCUGCCGGUGGUGCCGCCACCGCUCUCCCAGACCGCCGCCACCGCCUCGCCCAGCACUUUGGCAUGGACAUUGCCAAUCUCGUUGAUGCGGUGGCGCUGUACGUCGACCAGAAUCACAAGGCAAAGGACCUCAUCAACAAGCUCGCCCAGGUUCGGCUGCGCAACACGAGUGCCACUGCCGCGAUUGCGUCGUCCCCGGCGUCCCGCCUGCAGCAGACGGCCGCAGUUCAAAUCAAGGGUGGCCGCAACGUGAAUGACACCACAAAAGGUAGCGUGAAGGGCGCAUCGAACCUCGCGGACGGGUUGCUGCUCGCAGAGGAGACGCUUGGCGGCGCUGUGAACAGCGUUGCCUCAGGCAAGGGCAGGGACGCCUCUGUUGUCUCGCUCAUGACCGCCGUCGCCAUGCAGCCGGCCUUCAACGCCAUGAAUGCCAUGUCUGCCGCCAGCGCUGUGAGCGGGGCGUGGUCGCAGAGCAGCGGCCUCUCGACGCUCCUCGCAGAGUUUGACACCGCCCUUACGGCUUCGGUUCACGUUGAUGUCAAGAAGGCCGUGGCGGACAUCAACGCUGCCCGCGUGCACGCCGACCGCCAGUCUGCCGCUACGUUUGCCGCCGCCCUCGUUGCCGCGGCCGAUGGCGACACGAGCUUCCUCCCAAUCACUUCCGUCUCGCAGGCGCUGUCGUCGUCGCGGUCUGCCCUGUCUUCCGCCGUUGCCGCCCACCCCUCCAUCGCCCGCAUCCCCGCGCUCUGCGCUGCCCUCAACGCACCUGCACACGCGUCCCCGCGCGAGUUUGGUCUCCCGCCGUCGGCACUUGUGGCACAGACGACCGCCGAUACAGACUGGACCCGCUUUGCCCGUGAGCACCCAGCACAGGCUGCGCAAGUGCUGUUGACGCUUCGCCACAUUGCCACGUGCUUCACUGCCAUGGAGGACAGCACCAACACCGCCGCUGCCACCGCUGCCGUUGUCGGCGCUCCGGAGAACACUGAUGCUGCCACACGCAUGCGCGCAGCUGCCCUCGCUGGCGACGCACAGGCUGAUGCUGAGCUGUCCGCGCUGGUUGCGGCCCACCCCGCCAUUGCGUCGCAGCUGCUCGCCAAGAUGGACAACCGGCUCUCGGAUCCGUUUGCCGCCGCAUUCGCCGCCAUCGCCGCUGAUAACUCUGCAUUUGAUGCCUUCCUCGGCCAGGCCGCCACAUCUGCGCCCGUGCAGCGCCGUCUGCUGGAGCUCAUUGCAUCCAUUCCAUCCAUCGAAUCUGCCGCCAAGCGCGACCUGGAUGCUGCUGCGCUGACGUCUGCAAUUGAGGCGGCGCUGCAGUCGCCAAAUGAGAACGAAAAGACGUCGCAACUGCUUGCCCUCCUCGCCUCUGAUGAUAUCAUGGCCGCCACGGACGCAGCGACGCUCGAGGAUGCGAUUGUGACUGGCGUGGCCAACAUGCUCGGCGAUGCGUCGUGCGUGCCCCCGUUUGUGCGCAGCGACUCCCCUGCUGUCAUGGGCACACCGCAGCACCCGCGCGCGCACUUCAGCAGCACAGGAGAAUAUGUCGGCAAGCACGACAUGAGCAAGGGGCACACGUUCCACACGCUCGAUGACGUGGACGCCUCUGUGGACGAGCUUGCUGACGGGUUUGCAGCGUCGCCCGACGCCAACCUGACACACGUGCCCGCCAUGUCGUACUCGCCACCCACGGCCGUGCCCACGGCAGACCAAUACGCAUUCCUCCUCGCAUCCCUCAAGGGUCGGUUUGCGCAGCCCACGGCGGGCCCGCUCUCGCGCCUCGACUUUGUCGGCGAUGUUGUGCAGUCGGCCGUGGACGCCUUUGCCGCGUUCUGCGAGGCCGAGGGCAUUGUCACCGCUGAUGACGCCGCUGCGCUGAAGAAGCGCGGUGUCAUGGGCGCUCUCACGGGCGAGAACGUACCCCAGCUGACGUCGGAGCAGCGCGCCGCCUACGCCAAGACGAUUGGCCUUGAAGGUCUGACGGCCGAUGACGCAGUGGGCAUUGCAGCCGCAUUGCGUGGAGAGACAAGCCUGUCGACAAAGGCGUACGAUGAACAGGCCGCUGCGUGGUAUCACGCCGCCAACAGCGAGGCGCUGCUGGCCAUGAUCCGCGGGUGGCUGUUUGCUGCGCGCUUUGACGUGCCGUUCAGGUUGAGCGAGGACAUGCACAACUACGGCGUGUACAAUGAGACGUCCGCGGUGGACGAGAAGGCCGAAGCCGAGGAGCGGUUCUGGAUGGCCCUCAUGGACGUGCUUGCAAGCAUGCGCGUGCACGACAUCCCUGCCAACGCCAACCACAUGCACGAGCUCAUCUCCGCCUUUAGCGCCCGCCGCGACCUCACAAAGGCCCUGGAGCUGCUGUCUGAGGCGCGUGCCAACGACGUUCCACUGCGCACUGCCACCGUUCUUGAGGCCGCCAGCAUUCUUCAGGCCGUCGAGGACAGGCUCUCUGUUGAGGAGCACACGGCGAUUGUGUCCACCCUGUUCAAGACGUGGAUUGCCGGUGAUGGCAUGACACACGACCUCCCAUCCAACAUGAUCGACCUCCAUCUCGCCCUCACCUCGGAUCGCCUGCCGGAAGAGUGGACGGAAUUCGUCCUCGCAUCCUGCUUUGACAAGUGCGGCAACGACGACUGGGUGGUCACGCAAGUCGUGCAGCGGCUGAAGUAUGAUUCGCGGCUGUUCUCUGCGACGGCUGCAAUGACGUGCGAGCAACUGGCCGGUCUGUGCGAGGACGAUGACCACCCCGGCCCCGUCCUCAUCCACGCGUAUGUCGCAAAGUGCAUCGCCGAGAAUAACCAGGACAAGCUGCAGAGUGCGCUGUCGUGUGCGAUGAAGCACAGCGUGGUGAUUGACCCGAACAUGCGGGCAGCGUGUCUGCAACUCCUGUCGACACACAACAGGCGUGUUGCUAUGCAGUUGUUUGAGGUGAUGGAUCGGGAGUUUGCUGAAUCGCCAGCACACGCCUUGGUCGCUUAGGCAGGCAGAAGCAGUGGGCGUGAACGAAGAUGUGUGUGAUUGAGUGUCUGGGAUGUGUGUGUGUGUGUGUGUGUUGUCGUAGUGUGGAUGUGCAUGCGUUCAUGUGAGGGUCACUGUGCAACCUGAAACUGUGUAUUCCUCUGAAUAAGACAAAAAGCGUGAAC